UGCGAGUCGAGAUUCGCCGACUGGGUCCAGUUCCUGAGGGUGAGCACCCGCCCCACGUCUGACGUUUCCGCGUUGCAGCAACAGUUCUCGAUGAGCUCCAUGCUCAACCACGGCCAGGCAUGGCUCAACUUUGUUUCGGGGGCGACACCCCACGAUUCCGGCAGCGAACGUGCCAAGCCAAACGUCGCAAGAUGGUGCUGGCAAGGCUCGUGGAACCCGUGGCGUGAACCCCCCUCUGCUUAUGGCCAGGCUCGUCCGGUCCCGACGCUUCGUAUGGCACACGUCUGCGCCAUGUCUUCAUGCGAACCGACGUCUGCAUCGGCCCCCGAACCUCCCUUCGAAAAGGACGUUAAAUAUCACGAUUGGCUGGAUUGGAUGAAAAACGCAUGACGUUCAACGAAAUCCGGUUGACGCAUCCUGUUGACGCAAAGGGCAGCGGAGCCGGCGACGAAUGUUUUGGGUGGGCACGUCGUCCACUUUGAGAAGUUCGUUUGCCAGCGCCCGCCGCUCGAGCGUCUUCCGUCCACGCCACAUGACGCUGCACCUUGGAGUUGCCAGCGCCACCAACGCCGGCCUGCCUGGUGCGUUCAGCGAGACCGUCAAGGUGGCGGUCCUUGGGGCGGGCAACUUUGGCACGGCGAUGGCGCAGAUUGCAGCCCGCCAAGGCCACCACGUGUCGCUAUACGCUCGCAACCAGGAACAAGUGAACGCGAUCAACGCGACUCGCCGCAACCCUCUCUUUUUCCCCGAGUUCGAGCUGGCCUCGUCCAUCGUUGCCACAAGCAGUGUCGCCGAGAGCUGUGCGAACGCCACGCUUGUUGUGAUUUGCAUCCCUGCACAAAGCACGCCGGACUUUCUCGCCCAACACAAAGAUGCCAUCCCCGCCGACGCCAUCUUGGUCGUCACGUCGAAAGGGCUGUAUUUAAAGACGAAGCAGUUGCUGUCCGUGCCGAUCCUGGAAGCCAUCGGGCGCGACCAACCCCUCACGUUUCUGUCCGGCCCGUCGUUUGCCCUCGAGUUGAUGAAGAACGCGCCGUCUGCUGUGGUACGCCGCCAAGCGUCGGCAUGGCCCUGCUGUCCACUCAUUCGGUUUCCAGGUUGUGGCUGCGCGAGAAUUGUACCAUGCCGUCCGCGUGCAACGGCUGCUCUCGACCGUGGAUUUCCGCAUCUACAGCUCGCAAGAUAUCAUUGGCGUGCAACUGGGCGGGGCGCUCAAGAAUCCGCUCGCGAUCGGUGCCGGCAUGAUUGAAGGCAGCGGCAUGGGCAUCAACACGUUGGCUGCGUACGUCACGCGAAGCUCGUUGGAACUGCAGAAGCUGUGUAUUGCCAUGGGCGGCCUCCCCCAUACGAUCUCGGGGCUGUCUGGGAUCGGGGACUUGAUGUUGACAGCGUUCGGCAGCUUGUCGCGCAACCGAACGUGUGGGAUUCGAUUGAUCCAGUGAGUUGUCGUACCAUCGAGAUGUCAUGACGUCAUGGCGACGGUGCAGGGGCGAGAGCAUGCAAAACAUCAUGAAGGACGCGACCGUGGAAGGCGUGCCGACGGCCGAAGUCGCCGUCUACUUUGCCGACAAAUGUGGCCUCGACCUCCCACUCUUUCGCACGGUCAACGACAUGAUCCAGGGCCGCGUGAAUGCCGAAGAUCUUCAGAGCAUCCUCAUGAAUCGUCCGUUGAAGUCGGAAUAAAGUUGAAGCAAAUGGUUUUGACGUGUUCUUUCGACCACCCUCGACACACUCUGGCAAGCAUGGCGUUCGACGCGACCCAUGCGCGCCGUGCCGCUCGAGUCGAAAGUACCCGCCGUGCGGCUGCACGUUGCGCUUGAACGUGCUGCACUGGGGUGCACCAGCGGGAACGACCAGACACGUUGUUGGCUGCUGUGUACACGCAGGUUGCCAAAUUCGUCCGCGCGUCAUGCCGAUGGAAGGUGGAGUAGACGCAAGAAGUCGGACGUAUCUGCACUUCCCCGAUCGGUGUGCUUUGAUAGUGACUUACUCGUAAAGUCACCGUCAACGCAGACGGGGAAUGGAAAUCGAUGUUCAGG